AAACGUGGUUUCUCGUAGUACGGGAGGUUGUUGAUCAAUGUUUAUUUUUAUUUUUUUGUUUACACACCAUGGUCAUGGUUUAUUUUUCAUAGUGCAUAUUUAUAAAUUUACAUUAUAGUGCCUAUACACACGUUAAACUGCUAUAGUGUUGCAGUAAUACGUACUAUACACACAUAGUACAGGCGAAUAGUAAUAGCAGUGAUAUAGACGGUAGUAUGCUACUAACUAUUGUCACUAUCAGAGUUUGGAAUUCUGGAGUCCUGUCCGCUCAAUAAGUGGAUGAGGUCUGCUGUUACGAUUCAACAUACACGAGUACUCAAGACGCUUACGGUCGGUUCGUAGCUCAUCUAUAGUGCAAGUAUAUAUUGUUCAAUCCGGCCUAGACCUCGGCGUUCGCAAUCUUCAGUGACGAGGGCUCUACUCAGACAACUCGCAAGAUCGUCGUUUAUAAUAUCGUCGUUGCGGAAAAUAGGCCAUGUAUAACACUAGAAGUUCAAGUGGCAAUAGUCACAGUAACCAGUAUAUCAGAAAGAUUGAAACUUUCAGACAACAACAACCGCCACCACAACAACAACUACCACCACCACAACAACAACUACCACCACCACCACAACAACAACUACCACCACCGCCACCACCACAACAACAGCAAACUAUGUCUCUUGGGGCGAAUUGUAUAACAACACCAAAAUCAGCUAGUCUAAUGAAAAAUCAACAACCUAUGCCUUUACAUGAUUUACCAUCACAAUCACUUUGUCCCAAUCCAGUGGCUGAAUCUCCAAUACCAAAUACUUCAGCUACUCAAUCAUCUACAGUUCAAGAUUAUCAGAAUAAACAGAUAAAACUUGAAGAUGAAAAAUCAAUUAGUGAGAAGUCUGAAGUAAAAUGGCCAAUCAAACGUAAGAUUAGUAAGAAAGAACGGAAAAAGCGACUGAAUGCUCGAAUGCGUCGCUUAGUAUCACCCAAAAGUCCAUUGAUGGUAUUUUCUGAGUUGUUCAAAGAUGUACCAAUUCACUUACAAGAGCACCCACUUAAUAAUGUUAUGAGUUAUACUGCUACACUUGAGAUUGAUGGUCAAAUGUAUUCUGGAAAUCAUGUUUCCAAGACUCAAGCUAAACAAAAGGCAUGUGAAAACUUCUUGCGCAUUAUGUUAGCAAAAAAAAUAAGUGAACGAUCUGAAAAAAAAGAAGAAUCCUCGAUGGAUGUUGAGAUGGAAAUUGGAGAAAAUAGUUCAGUAUCAAAACCUAAAGGACCACCACAGGAAGAUUUUCCAUGGCCACAUUUUGCUUCAUUAGCUAUGCAUAACUUAAUAAAUCAAUGGGAACUACAACCUGUUGUUACAAAAGCUAAUUAUGUACAAGAAGAACCAAAUGUCAUCAAAUCACAACCUAAGACUGGUGCUAUGAGAAAGUUUCCUGAAAAUCCGAGAAACUGUAAUCCAAUACAGUUAAUAAAUCAAAUGAAGCCUGGUGUAAAAUUUGUUGAAACUAUAAUUAGUUCAAAAACUCCAUCACGUUUUCAAGUAAACUGUGUAAUAGACGAUGUUCCAUUCACUGGACAAGGAUCAACAAAAAAAGCAGCCAAAAAGGAAUGCUGUAUUCUAGCAAUCAAACAUUUUUGGCAAUUUGAUUUCCAUGCCAUAGAAAAUAAUUAACUCAUUAAAAAUUAAAUUUGAUAUUUAUAAUAAUAUACGUUUGUGUACUAGAUA